AAUAUCUCCUGCACUCGUAAUUAGUGUUGUCUUCUCUUUUAUGAUUACCAUUUCUGAUUCUCUAUCAAUUUCUGGAAGUUAAAUGUCCUUGUAGCUAAUAUUCAGAUAGGACUGGGAGAGUGGGAGGUGUAGAAAUAUAAUUGAUUAUACUCUCCAUUCUGUUUCACGUCACUUGGGAUUUUGUGUGAUUUGAAUUGGCUGAUUAUGUGCAAUAUUGACUGACUGAGAGUGCUCAGUUUUAGCAUUUGUAGUUUGAAUUGGAUCACGUCAUUCACGUAGUGAUAUUAGCAUCAGGAAUUUCAGGUUUGAGUUAUUGUAAUCAAGAGGGGAAGUUUCAGAGGGAAGAUAGUAUGUCACUAUGUUGUCUUUGUUCUUUCUAAAGCUUUGAAUUGGCUUAAAUCAUAAUGAUUUUACAAUUUAUACCUAACUCAGGUUCGAAGUUGCGCGAUGGCAGAAAGAAUCCUCACAAGCUUGAGAAUUGCUGAUGGGGAACAAGCUAACUUUUUCAUCUUUGAAUGCGUUGGAAUCUGGCAGUAGUUGUUUGGCUUGUGAAUUUCUUGCUCCAAGUGAAUCGCAGAACAUUAGAGUUCAUGCUGUUACGCAAUGCUCCCCUUCUCCUUUAGUCUCCUGCACAGCAAGAGUGCCUCAAGGUGCUACUGUUUCACAAAUUACAGCUGCAAAUUCAGAAGAGUCGCGUGAUCAAUCAACAUCGUCUAGGUUCCUCCGAGAUGUACAUAUUUCUACUCGGUUAAUGGAAGAUUUCCUUCAGCUUGCUAAAGAAAACACAGAGAAGGAUCUUGAAACUUGUGGGACUCUUGGCGCUUUUCUUAAAAAUGAAAUAUUCUAUGUGACGACUCUGAUUGUACCCAAGCAGGAAUCCACUUCCAACUCUUGUCAGGCAAUAAAUUACGAGGAAGUCUUUGCCAUUCAAAAUGAACAAUCACUUUUUCCAGUAGGAUGGAUCCAUACACAUCCGUCUCAAAGUUGUUUCAUGUCAUCAGUGGAUCUACACACACAUUAUUCAUGUCAGAUUAUGGUACCUGAGGCUUUUGCGAUUGUUAUGGCACCAACUGACACUUCAAGCUAUGGUAUAUUCCGGCUAACUGAGCCUGGUGGGAUGGGUGUCCUGAAAGAGUGCCAAGAGACAGGGUUCCACACUCAUCAAGAAACAGCAGAUGGGAGUCCCAUCUACGAGCACUGCUCUAACGUCUACACAAACUCAAAUCUGAGGUUUGAAAUCUUUGACUUGCGUUGACAUUGCGUUUAGAAAAUGCAGAGUUUCACACUAUUGACAUAUUAGAAAAUGUUGAAGUCAACAUCCAUGACCUUAGUUGAGCCUGGCAACAGAGCUUUGACGGAGGUUUUGGUCCUCUAAUUGUACAGAUAUCAGAAACUUGCCUGUGAUUUAGUCUUGUAUCCAUCAGUGUAAAUACAGUUUGCAAAGAGUGACAUAAGUCUCCGGCCGUUUGUUAA